AUGCCCCACGGGCAAACCCCGAUGCCUCCGUCUCGGAGACAGCAGGAUUUUUCUUACAACCCCAGCGUGCCCAACAUGCGCUCCCCACCAUACAUGGGCUAUCCGCCACACAUGAGCGGUAUGAACGGUAUGAACGGCCAUAUGGCUCCAGCAUAUGCGCCGCAGCAGUUCCAAUGGUAUCCUCCGUACGGACAUAUGCAGCAGAUGCCUCCUCGUUCGUUCCAUCCUCCCUAUGGGCCAAUGAUCCCUCGAUCCUCGACCCCGCUGCAGCAGGCCAUGUCUCCACAAAUCCAAGCUCCUCUUCCACCUGCAUUGCAUGAACACCCUGUGCUGCCUCCUCAGCAGCAAGCUCAACAAUAUCCCAUGCCCUCGCCUUCGCCUUGGGGGGAGCCCAAAGCUGUUACAACAGAGAAACCUGCAUUCUUCGCACCUGUUCCCUGGCUUUCUGUUCCUGGACAACCUUUCCCUGCUCCAGUACCCCGCAAACCCCGACGACGCACUUUGACAACCGUUCUUGAAUUUCCAGCAAAGGGUGGACGCUGGAUUAUUGGGCCACGCAAAGGCGAAUAUGUCAUUGGUGAUGGAUAUAAACCGGUCACUGCCAUCCCUCGGCCGCCCUCGGAGCCUCAAACUCCGACCACUUCCGUCCCUCGAUCUGAUGCAAACUCCACCCAGCCUACCACGCCCUCUUCGACUGCUAAAUCUCAUGUUCAGCAUACUAAGCCCGUUAUUCCUGUUGUCCCUAGUGCUCAUGGCACCCCUCGCCGUCAAACAAAGGACAGCGCUAGUGUCACCUCCGAUACACCAAAGUCAACCGUGGUUGCCGACAGCGAGACAGACAAUAGAUCAGAGACUCCCGGCACUGAAGAGGAGAAAUCGACCUCGCCUGUUCGCGCUGCUCCGAAAUCAUGGGCAGAGCUUCUCCGUUCCAAGGCCGCUGCUAAGGAAGCCAGUGCUCCUGUGGUUGCAGAGUCGACGACUAUGCCAGUCCAACAAAACCAAACCCUUGCGGACGUUCUGAGCAACCUAGGAGAUGAUGUCGCCCAGUACAGCGAUAAAGUGGCUUUCCUUGAGCCUCGUGGCCUGGUUAACACCGGGAACAUGUGCUACAUGAACUCGGUUUUGCAGAUUCUGGUUUCUUGUGUCCCAUUCCAUCAAUUCCUGGAUCACGUUGGUCGCCGCGCUGUACACAGCUUCAAAAGUGAUGUGCCUCUGAUUGACGCUCUGAUUAUGUUCAUGCGAGAGUUCCGUGUCAUUGACGCCGCCACGUCGGAGGACCAGUUACGUAUGAGACUCAAGCCAAGUGAACUUGAGCAGUACGGUGAUGCCUUCGUUCCCGAGUUCGUCUAUGAUAUGAUCAGGCAGCUGCCUCGUUUCAAAGAUAUGCGUCGCGGCCACCAGCAAGACGCCCAAGAGUUCCUUGGCUUCCUUCUCGAAGAGCUGCAUGAGGAAUGCGACCGAGCCGCGCAGCAUGCCUCUAAGUCUAAGGACCCUCAUGAUGAUGACGAUCAGGCGGCCUUUGAUGGAUCUGUUGAUGGGUGGUUGGAAGUUGGCCACAAGCAGAAGUCCGCCGUCACUCAAUCUUCUGGUGCUAUCUCAUCAGAGUCACCCGUCACCCGUAUCUUCGGAGGCAAGCUCCGAUCUGAGUUCAAAGUACCCGGUAACAAGACCUCGGUCACUAUGGAACCUUAUCAGCCGUUGCAACUUGAUAUUGGUUCUCCCGAGGUUCACAACAUCAUCGACGCGCUGAAGGGACUGACCAAGCCCGAGAAUAUUCAGGGCGAUUUCAAUUCAUCCCGGGGGCCGAACUACGAUAGCUCGACUGGCGCUACUCAAAAGAUCUGGAAGAAGGUUGGCUACCCACUCGACUUGGAGAUUCCCCGAGAAGUGUUCCCUGCACACCGUCGCAACGCUUUCAUGGCGUCGGGCGGUCUGCCCAAGUAUCGCCUUAUGGGUGUCAUUUAUCAUCAUGGAAAGAAUGCCAGCGUCGGGCACUACACCGUUGAUGUUAGACGCCAAGAUGGCCGUGAGUGGAUUCGCAUGGAUGACACGGUUCUCCGUCGUGUUCGCAGUGAAGAUGUGGCCGAAGCAGGCGGCGAAGAGGAUCCGAAGGUUCUCGCCGCGGCUCUCGAGCAUCACAAACAAGACAAGAAUUCUCGUUCCAACAUCUUCAGCCACUUUGACCAGGACGAUAUGGACUCGUUCGACAAUGAUAAGGGCUGGAGCCAGGUGAACGGAAACGGCUCGACCGGCCACGGCACCAAGAAAUCCGUGAAUGGGAUUUCAUCCCCUAGCAACUCCUCUGGGGUGCGUACACCACUUGGCAGAUAUGGGUCUCGCGAUAAUCGUGUUGCCUACCUGCUGUUCUACCAGCGCAUGGCAUGA